GCUCCCGGUCCGCCACGCCCCCUUCUGGGACAGGUGAAGGGCGGGGACUUAAAUGCCCGGAAGAAGGGCGCCUGAGGAGGAGGAGGAAGAGGAAGGAGGAGGCGCUCAGGCCCAGGAAGUAAAAAGCGAGCCUCCCUGGAAGCCAGCUCCUCCGGUGAAUUUUCCUCAAAUGUUUCCUCUGCAAGGAUGAGUGAGGGGAAUAGGAGUUCUGCAUUUUGCUGCUUGGGACUGGCCGGCAACUGGGAGACAUAGAGCGAAGCACCAGAGGAGGUUCUUCUUGGGCUGCAUGGACCCAGGGACACGCUGCUCGGGGUCUUUCCCAACCCAGUGUUGAGCCUUGGAGUGUGGGUCCUUUUCCAGAAUCGGGACCCCUCCGGCUUGGAGCUGCUGCCCUCAGAUCCUUGGGCUGGAAAACCCAAAGACAAGGAAGAUGUCAGAGUCGCGGGUGAAGAAGCUGGCCACUACCCUGAUGGAUGCCACCACGGAUAAGGACCCGCUGGUCCACGAGCAGAUCUUCAGUGCUUUAUGCUACUUGGGCGGGCAGGAGCCGGAGGAGAUCUUGCACGCCUGCGAGGAGUACCUUCGGCAGCAUGACAAGCUGGCCUACCCGCACCGGAUCAUCAUCCUGAGGGCCAUGGAGGCGGUGGUCAAGGGCAGCCUGUCCCAGCUGGACAAGAGCACGGCCAAGGUCGUCAUCUUCCUGGCCUCCAACGAAAUGACCAAGUCCAAGGACAUCAUCUUUGAGUGGCAGCAAGCGGCCAGCAACGUCCUGGUGGCGGUGGGCCGGCGCUUCACCAACAACGUCAUGGAGGAGGUGCUGACCAAGUUCCAGCCGGGCGUCCUGCCCCACUACUUCAUCGUCCAGACCUUCGCCAACCUCUCUGUGGCAAACGUGUUUGGGAUGGUGCCUUUCCUGAACUCCAUCCUGGGGACGAUGCUGCCCAUGCUGGGGAUGGCCAAGCAGGACAACAUGAAGUCCGUCUUCUGCUACGCGCUGCAGUCCUUCAGCGAGAGCAUCCAGGAGUACCUGGCCAACCUGGACAAGGCCCCAGACCCCACCGUCCGCCGCGACACCUUCUCCAAUGAGAUCUUCAGCGCCUACGAAGUGCUCUUCUACGGCUGGCUCCAGAGUCGGGAAGCCAAGCUGCGCCUGGCCGUGGUGGAAGCCCUGGGGCCCAUGACGCACCUCCUGCCCAGCGAGAAGCUGGAGGAGCAGCUCCCGCGCCUCGUCCCGGGAAUCCUGGCUCUCUACAGGAAGCCGGCCGAGGCCUACUACGUCUCCAAGAGUCUGUGCCAGAUCCUCGAAGCCUCGGUCAACAUCGGGAGCCGGACUUUGGACACGCAACUGGACGCCCUCCUCAACGCCCUCCAGCUCCAGAUCUGUGCCCCUCUGGACUCCUCCAUGCCGGUCCCUUUGAAGAACCACAAUGAGGUCCUUCGCUGCUUCACAGUGCUUGCCUCUUCAUUCCCUGAUCGCCUGCUGGGCUUUCUGCUUCCAAAACUGGAGUCGGGCAACGAGAGGAUCCGGGUGGGGACCCUCACCAUUCUGCGACAGAUCAUCAACAGCGCCACCUCUCAGAUUGAGAUCAAGAAGCCCUUCAUCCUGUCCUCCAUGAAGCUGCCUCUGCAGGACAACAGCAACAGGGUGAAGCGGGCGGUGAUCCACGUGAUCAGUGCCAUGGCCCACCACGGAUACCUGGAGCAGCCGGGAGGAGAGGCCUUGAUCGAGUUCCUUGUCCGGCAGUGCGCUCUCCCUGCCAACCAGGCCCCUCUGCAGCCCCGGAGGUCAUCCCUGGAGAUGGAGGAUCUGACCGACAGCCACGUCCGGGACAUCAGCGUGAACACCCUCUUCCUCAUCAGCACCACCGUCGACAGGAUGGCUGAUGUGCUCUGGCCGUACCUCCUGGAGUUUGUGACCCCCAUCCCCUUGACCAACGCCUUGACCCCGCUCUGCAAGAGCCUCCUCUUCCUGGCGGCCCAGAGGCAAGAGGAGGAGGGCGACGGCUUCCAGCUGACCUACGACAACAACGCAGGCCUCCCGUCCCCUUAUGCUCUCACCGUGCGGCUGUUGGUGGUGUCUUCCCAGCCCUAUUUGGGGGAGGGCCGGGGGGCCACCUCCCUCCGCCUCCUGAACGUCCUGCAGCUGAGUGUCCAUAAAGCCCUGAAGCCCCUCUGGAGCAAGAAGAUCCCAGCUCUGGUGGAACAUCUAGAAGCAAACACGACGGCGUCCCUGUCCCAGAAGGAAUGGGAGGAGCGGCUGCUGAAGUUCCUUCGGGAGACCCUGGCCGCCGUUUCGGACCCCCUUUGGACUUCUCAGCUAACCCAGGAGAUGUGCCGGCGGCUGAGCAGCUACAACAGCUUCCCCAUGGAGAAGAACUUCCUCUACAAAUGCAUUGGGACCGCUCUGGCCGCCUGCGACAACAAGGACCUGGUGCGGAAGCAGCUUCAGGACCUCCUGGAAACAGCCCGGUAUCAGGAGGAGGCCGAAAGGGAGGGCCUGGCCUCUUGCCUCGGUCUCUGUGCGAUCAGCCACCUGGAUGAGACUCUGGCCAAACUGGAAGAGUUCGUCAAGUCGGACGUCUUUAAAAAAUCGGCAGGCCUCUUCAGCAUCUUCAAGGACCGUAGUGACCAUGAGGUGGAGAAGGUCAAGAGCACGCUGAUCCUGUGCUACGGCCACGUGGCCAAACACGCCCCGGGGGAGCUGGUGCUGGCCCGCAUCGAGACCGACAUCCUCCGCAACGUCUUCCUCUACUUCAACACCAAGGUUCUGGGAAUAAAGGUAGAAACCAAGGACUUGACCCUGAAGCUGUGCCUCAUUCGGAGCGUCUGCAUGAUCUGCCAGGCCAUUUGCGCCAGCGACCAGUCUGGAGACUUCUCUUUCUCCCGAAAGGCAGAGCUCGUUUUGCAGAUGAUGGACUUCAUCAAAGCGGAGCCUGUGGACUCCCUGCGAACGUCUGUCCGCCAGAGAGCCAUGAUGGCCUGCAUGUACCUGGUCGUCCUGGAGCCCCCCCUGAGCGACGUGGAGAAGGCCGAGCUGGUGGAGUCCUGCUUGAGCAGCGUCCUCCCCCUGCCGCUUCCAGACACCCCUGAGCCUUUAUGGAGCAACACCCUGCAUGCCCUGAAGGACUUGCUGAAGAGCCUCCUCCACCGGCACAUGACGCCACACGGCCUGCAGAGCAUGUUUGAGCACCUGAGCCCCUGGAUCAAGUCGGCCAAGGAGCACGAGCGGGAGCGGGCCGUGGACGUCAGUGCUGCCAUCCUGGAGUUCUACCGGGAGAAGCUGAACGUCAGCACGGUGGUCCCGUUCUACAACCUGGGCUUCCUGAUGGCCCUCUUCUCCCCACGCUGCACUGACUCCCAGCCCAGCGUCCGGCAGCACGCCGUGGACUGCGUCUACUCCCUCCUCUAUGUCCAGCUCUGCUACGAAGGUAGUGGUCAGCGGAAUUGGGGAGCUAGGGGUUUGGUCAUUGCCAAACGCCUUCCUCCGGACCAGAUGCUGAGCCUGCUGCUCUCGAUGCUGGAAGGGUUGGCGGAUCCAGACCGGAACUGUUCUCGGGCCGCCACCGUCAUGAUCAACUCCAUCCUGAAGGAGCGGGGGGCCGUCCUCCUGGAGAAGGUCCCGGAGAUCCUGGAGAUGGUGCACGCCAAGCUGCAGGAGGUGGACGAGGAGCCCGUCCGGAGGGCGGCCCAGCAGACGGUCUGCAUCCUGGCCACGCAGCACAAGGCCGCCGUGGUGGGCACACUCCUCGGACGCCCGCUGCCCCUCGACAGCUUCACGGGCACCAUGUGGCAGGCGCUGGCCUCGGACCCCCCGCUGACCUCUCAGGUGCUGGAGCUGCUGCUGGAGAAGAUCCACCGGGACGUCCCGUACAAGGAGAACAAGUCCUUCCUGCGCGGAAGCACCCCCGAGCGCGUGGCCACCCCCUUCCCGCUGGCCGCCACCUGCGCUCUGCACGAGAUCCUCUCCGUCCGAGAGUCCGGCCCGGCCGUGCUGGGCCUCUACGCGGAGCUCUUCGUGUCCCUCCUGCUCCGGGUCAGCUGCACGGUGGGCGUCCACCCGCCACGGAACCUGCCGCACAAGGACCGCAAGAGCCUCGGAGGCAAAGGCGGAGGGCAGGCCCCUCGCGCGCUGGACCCCUGCAGCUCUGCGGUGGAGACCCUGAAAGCCAUGCUGAUCCAAGGAGGCAGCCAAGAGGUGGUCCGGGCCGUGGCCGAAGAGGGUGGCUGGGAGUGGCUCUGGAGCACCGAGAAGCACCACGACGGGGUGGCCCUUCUGGCCAGCGCCAUAGCAAAGCAUGCGGGGCCCAAGCUGCCCUUGAUCGUGAAGCACCUCUCCCCGAUGCUCAACAGUCUCUACGACAGCCAGCGGCUGACCACCACUGCCUUCUUCGCAGAGCUUCUGGGCAGCAACGUGGUCAAUGACCUGGUCCUCUUGGAGUCCAUGAUGGACAGCAUGACCACCCGGCAGAGGGACUCCUGCAACGCCGUCCGCAUGCUAGCCCUCCGGGGCCUGGGCAACAUCGCCUCGGGAGCACCGGAGAAGGUGCGGAAGCACGGGGCCCAGCUCCUGGCCUCCAUGAUGAACGGCAUGGACGACAAGGAGGACCCGCACCACUCGGUGGCCCUGGAGGCCAUGUCCAGCCUCUCCAAGCUGCUGGCCCUCAUGGAGGAGAGGGACGUCCGCUCCAUGCUGCUCCACGUCGCCAUACGCAUACGGCCCUUUUUCGACAGCGAGAGGCCUGAGCUGCGCCGCUCGUCGGUGGUCCUCUUUGGGAACCUGACCAAGUUCAGUGCCGGGAGCAGCGAGGACGCCUUCUUCGAGCAGAUCCUCAACGGCCUGGUGACGCUUCUCCUCCACCUGCAGGACCCCAAGCCUGAGGUCAUCAAGGCCUGCAAGUUUGCGCUGCGCAUGUGCGGCCCCAGCAUGGGCUGCCCGGGCCUCUGUGACAUGUUCCAGAACCACCUCCACGAGGACCGUGGCCUCCAUUACGGCGAGUUCAUGAACGACGUCUGCAAGCACCUGAUGCAGAGCUACCCGGACACGCUGACCCGCCUGGUGGCCACCAACCUCUUCUACUUCAAGAGCAACUGGGCCGACAUCCGAGCAGCUGCCCCCAUGUUUGUAGGCUUUCUUGUCCUCCACGUCGACCAAGACCAUGGCCAGCAGCUGGACCUGGACGAGCUCAUUGCAGCGCUGACCGUUCUGCUGAAGGACCCUGUGGCCGCCGUGCGCAUGAAAGCGGCCGAGACGUUGGGCCGCCUGGUCAAGAUCGUUUGAGGGAGGGUCGCCUUCCUCUUCCCCCUCCGAGGGACCCAAGCGAGACACGGCUGUGAAGCCUGAAGGGACGGGACCCUCACUUUCCCCCCACGUCUUCCAGAACGACACAAUUGCACCUUGACCAACAUCCCCAUCGCCCAAAGGGAAGGAAGGCCAGUGGCCUGAGGACCCCCUCCACCCCCCAUUUUGGUAGUCUUCCAACGCACCUUUGGAUGGUGUGGGAGCCCCUCGGCAGAGCGAUGGACGCUUCUAGGGCUGCUCUCUUCACUCUCGGGAAAGGGUUCCCACCACAACCCCACAUGCACCCCUUCCUUCUUCUCCUGCCCCUAGGUUGGGAAGGGCGGCCCCUUUGCCCAGACCGCUGCCCAUGCCUCGGACUCACCACUCUCGUCUUCCUGCUUCUGGGGUCAGGGGCCACCCUCCCACCAAUCCCCCUCUCCCUCCCUCCCUGUGGGGGGCUUUCCUGGGGGUCUUCCAGAGCUUCCAUCCUCAUUGCUCCUCUUCCGGAGGACACUUGUACAUACAACUUAGACAACUUAUUUUUAAUAAAGGAUUUGCUUCUCAGGAA